UUACAAUAUAAUAGUUGUAGAAAUAAAUAACAAUUGGUUCCAAUCGUUCCUAACUUAGCGUGGUAUGUGGUUUCAAACCACAAAAUUCUCUUCUUUAAGAGUCAUUGGGGCCUACCUACUUUAUUCCUGACUCAUUCGGGAUCAAAAACGAGAGAUUCUUGCGUAGUAGCUAGACUUUAUGUAAACUACAGUUAUUACAACUGUGUCAAUAGAAACAUCAUGAAGAAUAAUCGUCGACCACACGUUUUUCCGUGGCUAUUUCUCUUCGGUUUAUUCAGUUUUGCAACAGUUUUUGGAAAAGAAAGUCAAGAUCUUCCAAACCAAGCUCAAAGUCAUUUCAAUAUACGAAGAAAUGUUAUAAACUACAUCGAAGUUAGUGGAAGAAUCACUUUCAAAGGCAAAGCACCUGAGAYUAUCCCUCCUAAUUCACAACUGAACGUGAAACUUAUCGAUAUUAGAACAGCAGACGCUUCUCAUAUAGAGUUGGCGAGCAUUCUAGUCGAUCUUUCGAGUUACGAGAACGAUUCACCUGUGUUUUAUAAUCUUACAAGUAAAAAACCUUCAGAUCUACACGACAUGCAUAGCAUUACAGCAGUUCUCAACAUGGGAUGGACCCCCAAGGGUGGAGAAAAUGAUGAGUGGCUUCGACAUGGAGACUUCCAUACUACUUAUAGCUUCAUGGUUAAUGUGACGUCAGGAACGGAUAAAUUUGUUCGAGAUAUUGAGAUGGAGGUAUUCACACGUUUAACAUCAGCCUCAGUACUAUGGGGUAACAAUAUCACUUCAGUUGCAACACUGUUGCUGCUCGUGGCACUGUUUCUUCUUGGUUAACCCCACUCUACCAGCCAACCCUAAAGUUUUGACAAAAAUGCUGAGAAUUAUAAACAAUAUAAGAAACAACUACAUGCAUUUUUCUUUCUUACCCUGUCAUAAAAGUCCUACCCAAAGUGAAGUUACCACCAUUUGCAUUACUAUGCAGCCACCCCAGACACAAAUUGCGUUGUGCAGUUUGCAAUGGACUGCCGUCAAUCAAACACCUCAUUCUACUUGGAUGUACUCAAACUCUUUGCAAACGAUUUCGGAACUUUCCUUCGUGAUAUCUGACUGAGAAAGUUUGAUAGAAAAGCCAACUCACUGAUCCAAACGUGUAUAAAUGGCGUCAACAUGAAUGAUUGACUGUAGUCUAUCAAAACUACACGACUCAAUUUGUGUCUGGGGUGACUGCAUAGCAAUGAAAACGGYGGUAAGAUCUGAAGAUUGUAAGGAUUGGGAUAGCAAAAUAGUGCUAAAUAUUUUCCUAGCCUCAUAUCCAUACAUACUUUAUUGUAAUUUUUGUUAUUGUUGAAAGGUUUUGUUUAACAAUGAUGUAAGCAUGCAAAGAUCACUCUAUUUUGUUUCUCUUCAAAUUUUAUUGAUACUUUGAAACAACCUUUAGGCUGAUUUACGUCAGGGCAUGGCUAACUCACAGAUCAAACCCUGAAACAACCUCUGGGCUGAUCCUAGUCAGGGCAUGGCUAAC